AUGUCGCACACGAGAGCGAGUAGAGCACCGCGCAACUACACUCAGAACACGCCACCGUCAGCGCACAUCUCUGGGCCCCCAAAGACCCCCACCCGCAGACACGCCUUAGCUCACUUCCGCCCGGGGGCGGGCCUGGCUACCACAACGCUCUAUCAUAACCCUCGCCAGAUCACCUUGUCGAAACCAACUCGGGUCCAACUCGAGAAGACUAUUAAGGCGGGCUGGGCAUCGAGCACCUUGAGGGGCUACAGCGCAGUAGUAGAGAGGUAUAUCAGGUUCUGCAUCGCAGAGCGCAUUCCAGAGGUCGACCAAUUCCCGGCGCAGGAAAUAGCGCUAUGCGCAUUUGUCGCCAAAGGCGCCGGCCAACUCGCAGGGGGCACCGCUCGGAACUGGAUAGCGGCGCUGAAAGCCUGGCAUACCGCCCAGAACGCACCUUGGCUCGGCGGGACACGACUCCAAUACACGGUCAAGGGCGUGGAGAACCUCCGACCUAAGGGUUCCCGGAAACCGGCGCGUGUACCAGUAACCCGCGAUAUGCUGCGCUGUCUGCACAAAUCACUGAACUUCGACUCUCCAUUUGAUUCAGCAGUGUAUGCGGCCGCCUGCGUUCUGUUCUGGGGUCAGCUCCGAGCAGGCGAAGUGCUCCCGUCGUCGCAGAACACGGGUCUCAUCCGGACCCCAGAACGCUCCGCAUUCCACAAACCUUCCACCCAUUCGAAGUCUUACGCGUUAACUCUACCAUCGACCAAGACGCAGUACAACCGGGGAGAAGUCGUCUACCUUCAGCACCAACGCGGCUCCACGGACCCGAUAUACGCCCUGCGGUUCCACCUCCAGAGGAGCCGCCUCCCAGUCGAAGCCCCGCUCUUCGCGUACACACAUCCGAAAGGCCCAAGGGCACUCACGAAGACGGCGUUCAUGGCGCGCUGCAACGCAAUCUGGUCAAGAAACCGGUACCCUCGUAUAACGGGGCACUGCUUCCGGAUAGGCGGGACGACGGAGCUCCUGCUAGCGGGUGUUCCACCGCAUGUCGUCAAGACGGCAGGGAGGUGGUCAUCGGACGCAUUUCUGCGGUAUUGGAGGUCGAUCGAGGAUAUUCUCCCCCAGCACAUGCGACGCGUCCGGCCGUUCAGGCGCCCUCAAACACAACCAUAA